UGAAUGAUGUCAAAAUGUGUGUGGCAAAAAGGCCCUCACCAGAUGCUGGCACCUUGAUUUUAGACUUCCCAGCCUCCAGAACUGUGAGCCAAUAAAUUUCUGUUCAUCAUAAAUUACCUACUCAGGUAUUCUGUCAACAGCAACACCAAAUGGACUAAGAGCCUAAAGGAACAUUUUGACACCAUUAAGCAGACCAACAUACACAUUAUAGAAGUACCAGAAGGAAAAUAGAAAGGAGCAGAGAGAAUAUAUAUUUGGUCAAAUAAUGGCUGAAAAUUUCCCAAAUUUGAUGAAAGACAGGAGUAUAAACAUCCAAACAGCUCAAUGAACUCCAAGUAAGAUGAACUCAGAGACCCUCACCAAGACACAUUAUAAUCAAACUUUCAAAAGCCAAAGACAAACUCUUGAAAGAAUCAAGAGAGAAAUGACUAAAUGAUUCAUUACAUAAAGGUAUCCUCAGUAAAAUUAUGAACCAAUUUCUCAUCAGAAACUUUGGAGGCCAGGAGGCAGUGAGCCAAUGUAUUCAAAGUGCUAAAAGGAAAACAAAACAAAACUGUCAACCAAGCAUCCUAUAUCUGGCAAAACUGUCCUUCAAAAGGGGCGAAAAAUUAAGACAUUGUCAGAAAAACAAAAGCUAAGGAAACUUGUUACCACUGGACCUGCCUUGUAAGAAAUGCUCAGGAGAGUCUGCAAGGUGAAAUGAAAGGACAUUAGAUUGUAACUUGAAGCCAUAUGAAGAAAUAUCUCGAUAAAGGGAGUCGUCGCAUGGUGGAUGUCAUGGACGUGAACACACAGAAAGGCAUUGAAAUGACCAUGGCUCAGUGGACACGCUACUAUGAGACCCCAGAGGAGGAGCGAGAGAAACUCUAUAAUGUCAUCAGCCUUGAGUUUAGCCACACCAGGCUGGAGAAUAUGGUGCAGAGGCCCUCCACGGUGGAUUUCAUUGACUGGGUAGACAACAUGUGGCCAAGGCACUUGAAGGAAAGCCAGACUGAAUCAACAAAUGCCAUCUUGGAGAUGCAGUACCCUAAAGUGCAGAAGUACUGUCUAAUGAGUGUUCGAGGCUGCUAUACUGACUUCCAUGUGGACUUUGGUGGUACCUCUGUUUGGUAUCACAUCCAUCAAGGGGGAAAGGUCUUCUGGCUCAUCCCCCCUACAGCCCACAACCUGGAGCUGUACGAGAAUUGGCUGCUGUCAGGGAAACAGGGAGACAUCUUUCUGGGUGACCGGGUAUCAGAUUGUCAGCGCAUUGAGCUCAAGCAGGGCUAUACCUUCGUCAUUCCCUCAGGCUGGAUUCAUGCUGUGUAUACUCCUACAGACACAUUAGUGUUUGGGGGCAAUUUUUUGCAUAGCUUCAACAUCCCUAUGCAGUUAAAAAUAUACAACAUUGAAGAUCGGACACGGGUUCCAAAUAAGUUUCGCUAUCCAUUCUACUAUGAGAUGUGUUGGUAUGUGUUGGAGCGCUAUGUGUACUGCAUAACCAACCGUUCCCACCUAACCAAGGAAUUUCAGAAAGAGUCCCUCAGCAUGGAUUUGGAGUUAAAUGGGUUGGAGUCUGGGAAUGGGGAUGAGGAAGCAGUGGAUCGAGAACCCCGACGCUUGAGCAGCAGGCGUUCUGUCCUCACUAGCCCUGUAGCGAAUGGAGUCAACCUGGAUUAUGAUGGACUGGGCAAAACCUGCCGAAGUCUUCCAAGUCUGAAGAAAACUUUGUCUGGGGACUCAUCUUCUGACUGUAGCCGGGGCUCCCACAAUGGACAAGUGUGGGAUCCCCAGUGUGCUCCCCGAAAGGACAGGCAAGUGCAUCUGACCCAUUUUGAGCUUGAAGGCCUUCGCUGCCUUGUAGAUAAGUUGGAGUCUCUGCCACUGCACAAGAAAUGUGUCCCCACAGGGAUAGAAGAUGAAGAUGCUCUCAUUGCUGAUGUAAAGAUUUUGCUGGAGGAGCUUGCCAACAGCGAUCCCAAGUUAGCCCUCACUGGAGUUCCUAUAGUACAGUGGCCAAAAAGGGAUAAGCUUAAAUUCCCCACUCGGCCAAAGGUGCGGGUUCCUACCAUCCCCAUUACGAAGCCUCACACUAUGAAACCAGCUCCACGGUUAACACCUGUGAGGCCAGCUGCUGCCUCCCCGAUUGUGUCAGGAGCCAGACGGAGACGAGUGCGAUGUCGAAAAUGCAAAGCCUGUGUGCAAGGAGAGUGUGGUGUUUGCCACUACUGCAGAGACAUGAAGAAGUUUGGGGGGCCUGGACGCAUGAAGCAGUCCUGUGUCCUCCGACAGUGCUUGGCACCCAGACUGCCUCACUCAGUCACAUGUUCCCUCUGUGGAGAGGUGGAUCAGAAUGAAGAGACACAAGACUUUGAGAAGAAACUCAUGGAAUGCUGUAUCUGCAAUGAGAUUGUUCAUCCUGGCUGCCUCCAGAUGGACGGAGAGGGGUUGCUUAACGAAGAAUUGCCAAAUUGCUGGGAAUGUCCAAAGUGCUACCAGGAGGACAGCUCGGAGAAAGCCCAGAAGCGGAAAAUGGAAGAGAGUGACGAAGAAGCUGUGCAAGCCAAAGUCCUGCGGCCCCUGCGGAGCUGCGAUGAGCCUCUCACGCCCCCGCCUCAUUCACCCACUUCCAUGCUGCAGCUUAUCCAUGACCCGGUUUCCCCCCGGGGUAUGGUGACUCGGUCAUCCCCUGGGGCUGGCCCCAGCGACCACCACAGUGCCAGCCGUGAUGAGCGCUUCAAACGGCGGCAGUUGCUGCGGCUGCAGGCCACAGAGCGCACCAUGGUACGGGAAAAGGAGAACAAUCCCAGCGGCAAAAAGGAGCUGUCUGAAGUUGAGAAAGCCAAGAUCCGGGGAUCGUACCUCACUGUCACGCUACAGAGGCCCACCAAAGAGCUCCACGGGACAUCCAUUGUGCCCAAGCUGCAGGCCAUCACGGCCUCCUCUGCCAACCUUCGCCAUUCCCCCCGUGUGCUAGUGCAGCACUGCCCAGCCCGAACCCCCCAGCGUGGGGAUGAGGAGGGGCUGGGGGGAGAGGAGGAGGAAGAGGAGGAGGAGGAGGAGGAAGAUGACAGUGCAGAGGAGGGGGGUGCAGCCAGGCUGAAUGGCCGGGGCAGUUGGGCUCAGGAUGGAGACGAAAGCUGGAUGCAGCGGGAGGUCUGGAUGUCUGUCUUCCGCUACCUCAGCCGCAGAGAACUUUGUGAAUGUAUGCGAGUGUGCAAGACGUGGUAUAAAUGGUGCUGCGACAAGAGACUUUGGACAAAAAUUGACUUGAGUAGGUGUAAGGCCAUUGUGCCCCAGGCCCUCAGUGGCAUCAUCAAGAGGCAGCCAGUCAGCCUUGACCUCAGUUGGACCAACAUCUCUAAAAAGCAACUGACAUGGCUCGUCAAUAGGCUGCCAGGACUGAAAGACCUCCUCCUAGCAGGCUGCUCCUGGUCUGCAGUCUCUGCCCUCAGCACCUCCAGCUGCCCCCUUCUCAGGACCCUUGAUCUUCGGUGGGCAGUAGGAAUCAAGGACCCUCAAAUUCGGGACUUGCUUACUCCACCAGCUGAUAAACCAGGUCAGGACAAUCGCAGCAAGCUCCGGAACAUGACCGACUUCCGGCUGGCAGGCCUUGACAUCACAGAUGCCACGCUUCGCCUCAUCAUUCGCCACAUGCCCCUCCUGUCUCGACUCGACCUCAGUCACUGCAGCCACCUUACAGAUCAGUCCUCCAAUCUACUCACUGCUGUCGGGUCUUCCACUCGCUACUCUCUCACAGAGCUCAAUAUGGCAGGUUGCAAUAAAUUGACAGACCAGACCCUGAUCUACCUACGGCGCAUUGCCAACGUCACCUUGAUCGACCUUCGAGGAUGCAAGCAGAUCACUCGAAAAGCCUGCGAGCACUUCAUCUCAGACUUGUCCAUCAACAGCCUCUACUGCCUGUCUGACGAGAAGCUGAUACAGAAGAUCAGCUAAGACACACCCAGCCCAGACUCAACAGGAAACCGAUCUUCCCCUGACUCCCCACCGAGGAGAGCCUCUCCUCGACCCUGCACGGGCUCUGAGGCCAGCGUCACACUCCCUCUCUGCUCUCCUGUCCCUUGAGCCCUUCCUCUACAGGUGGGGCAGAGAGGGUGGUGGACACCAGGCUUACCUGCCUGCUCCUCUCCCUCCUAAGGAAAAGGGAGUAGCAGAUUGAUCUGAGGGGAAAGCACAGGCUGUGCUGUCAAGGCGCCUGCUCGCUUACUCGCCUGCCAGGAGGCCGGGCUCUCAGUUUGGGGUGUUCGUGCAACCUUCAUCUGCACUGGGCCCUGUGCCCCUCCUCCCCAUCCAUGGUCCCCAGCAGUGCCUGGUUCUGAGCAAACUCCCAGGGAAGAAAACGGCCCUGUCUACAUGGCCAGGUUCUUGUGGUGUCCAGUGCGCGUCUCUCCUCCAUCACACUCUCCCGGCUUGCGCAGGAGGGGCCAGCAGCCCCAGGAGUCCCAGACCCGUGCCGAUCACACUGGUGCUGUUGAGAUGUCCCAAACCUCACGUCCUUAACUGUGCUCUCCCUCCUUUCCUCUCCCUUGAGCUUGGUUCUGCCCAGCACUCGUGCUCGUUCACAUAAUUAGGUUUCCCACCCCAGCCUACCCGACUUACUUGCUAGUCUCUAUGAGGUCCUUAUUGCACUUAUUGGGGUUGAAGCUUUUCAGAGGAGCUGGAACUGUCUACCCCAGGGACACACCCAUUUCGUUGCUACCCAAGUGGAUUCUGAGACAGGCACCAUCUCCUUGUUCCCCCUCUCUCUUUUGCCUCCCACUGACUGCCCUUUUCCAUGUGUCUUCAUUCUGCCUGAAGAAGGCUUUCCCAGGAUGCACGUCCUCAGAGGGAGCAGCCUAUCUCCCCCAAGCUGGAGGCGGCAGAGGACUGGGCCAAGCCCCAACCUGCCUCCCAGCCAGGCUCCUCCAGGCCUCUGGUUUAGCGGAGCCCCCUGAGCCCAGGCCUGUGUCUAGCCCCAGUGGCUCACUGAACUUUCAGGGCAGUCAGGGGGUCCUGCUUAGAAGCCAGUCACCAGCCCUCUGCCUGCAGCCAUGGAAGGGGGUGUGCAUGUGCCUCUGUGUGUGUGGCUGAGUGUAUUCUGCGUGUGUGUGUGGAGGGAGGGAGGGAGGGGAGCAUGGUGUCUCCCGCUCCACCGCCCUUUGUUGAGCCCCAUCAGCUGCCCCCUUUUACUUUGCAUUGAACGGCCUGUCCAAAGAUCCUCUCUCUAGGGCAGCAGAGAGCUUUUUGCACUUUAAAAAAAAAAGAAAGAAAGAAAGGUCGGAAUUUCUUUUGGGUCAGUAUUUUUAAGUGUGUGAGGAGAUGCUCAGUAGCAGCAGCCUAUGGCAAGAGCUUAUAAAUGAUUGAUGCAAAUUUGCACUCUGCUCCCCCUCUGUAAGGAUACUGAUAGCACAACCUCUUCUUCCCCCCACCCCUGCCCCGCCUUUUGGUCCUCCAUCCCUGUCCCUUUCUGGCCCUCUUCCUGUAGUCCAGUCUCAGGCUUUCCUCUUCCUGAAGCCCUACAGAGUUAGGGAAUGGAGCCCAGGCACCAGGGGUCUAAAGUGUGAGCCACUGAGAAGAGAGACGCCAACUGCACCCUUGCCACUUCCAAAGCAAUAGAGGCAGAGUGGUCCCCUCUUUGCCACCUAGGCCAGUUUUGACCCUGGCAUUAACUGGCCUUAGAAGAAACUGGGUCCUGGUAGGGGGUGGCAUUUUGUUUGUUUCUUCCAAUCUGCUGAAUCUUUUGGCUGCACCUUACAAACAGCAGUCUGCUCCCAUGACCCUCUGACCACUUCCAUUGGUCUCCAGGCCCCAAUAAUCUGGGGUUGAAACUUUGAGGAAAUGCCAGUGACUUAUUCCAGAGUGCCUCAGUUAGGGGAACUUCUCUGUAAAGAACCCUGGGUAUUGAGCAAAAACCUUAUUAUUGUUAAUGACCUAUAAUUGGAAGCUUCCUGCCUUUUUCUUUGGUUGCUCCUGUGGAAAAUACUGAAAAGAUUACUUUGUUUUAUUUUGUUGUCUUUUUAUAAAAGGGGAGGUGGAGAGACCCCUUCAGAGCAGGGAUUGUGCCGGGAGAGUGCCUCUGACUUUGGGACAUUUCAUCCACAGAAAUUUCCAAGCCAAUGGUUUCUUUUGGGUUUUGGUUUUUAUGUUUGUUUUUUGGGGUUUGGAAAAACAUGCAUUUUUACCGUGCACGUAAAUUGGUCAGCAGAAAAGGGAGCCCAGAAGAGGCAGCAGAUGGAUCAUGCCCUUGCUGGGUUUUCCUUUUCUUUGGGACUGUGAGGGGAAAUGGUUUUUAGAGGUGAGGGUUGGUCCAUGUGGAGGAAAGAAGUGUCUCUGUUGGAGGACAGAGGAACCUGGGGAGUCCAUCGCAUGUCCUACAAUCUGCUCUUAGACACGGCCUUGCCAGGAGAGCCUGCCCUCAGACUGCAGGACCAGAACCCCUGCCUCCAUCUUUCCAAGCACCGGGGCGAAAAACCACAAAGGAAAGGAAGAAAAUUUAUAUAUAUAUAAUAUAAAAUCACUUGGUGAUUAAAAAAAUAACUGCUCCAUAAAUAAAACUCCUAAAGUCACUUAUGUUUAAA